GGGAAGAACCCGCUGCAUCAUGCCGCAUGGCGGGGACACAUUGACAGCGUUCGCCUGCUGCUGCAGAAAGGGAUGGACGUGAACCGCUGGUCAACGGGCGUGCACAACUACGGAAAGACCGCCAUCUUCUAUGCUCUCACGCGAUCGCGGGGGGAGGUUGUGGAGGUGCUGCUGGAGCACAGAGCGAGGGUGAGGAUUGUAAACAACAAGGGGCAGACCCCCAGGUCGAUCGCUUCCAGCCAUUUGGAAGACAAAUAUGUGGAGAUGAUC